AUGGCCGUCAAAGUAGGCGAGAAGGCCGACAACGAUUACGGGGAUGGAAUUUCGUGGACCAGGGGUCAGGUUAUAGGAAAAGGAAGCUUCGCUCACGUUUACAAGGCCAAAAAUCUCCGACCGCGAUACAGCUGUUUCCCACCGGAGAUGGCCAUGAAAUCCGCCGACGCUUCUUAUUCGAGCACGCUCCAGAAAGAGAAGGAGGUCUUGACCGACCUGAGCGCCAGCCCCUACGUCAUCCAGUGUUUUGCAGACGAGACGACCGUGGGCGAUAACGGCUUGUUAGCGUAUAAUCUGCUACUGGAGUACGCCUCCGGCGGAACCCUAGCCGACAGAAUCGACAGAUCGGGCGGCGACGGGUUGCCGGAACUCGAAGUGAAGAUGCUUACGCGGUCUAUUCUCAGAGGGUUGAACCACGUCCACGAAGGGGAAAAUAACACUCACGGAAGAGGAAACGAGCUGGGCCCGACUGCUGGAGGGGCACGCCGAUGUAUUUGUCUUCCGAGGCCGUGGCGGACUUCGACCAAGAGGCGCCGUCCGACGUUUUGGGUUGUCGGGUGCAUUGUGCUUGAGAUGCUGACCGGGAGGCCGCCGUGGGGUGGAAAGAAAAAGGAAAUUCUGAAAAGAUUAGGGGCAGGACAGGAAAUUCCUGAAAUUCCUGAGGGGUUAUCGAGGGAAGCUAGUGAUUUUCUCGAGACUUGUCUGGUGAGGAAGCCAAUGUUCAGGUUCACUUGUGGAAUGCUAUUGAAUCACACGUUUUUCGAGGGUUGGGGUGACGAUUUUGAUGAUGAUGAUGAGGUUGAGGAAUUAGAGGAAUCCAAGAAGGGUUCGUUUUGUUCGUCAUCGUCGUCCGCUGGGGAAUUAGAGGAAUCUGAGGAGGGUACGUGUCAUUCAUUGCCGGCUGGAGAAAGUAAAACAGAAGAGGCGGCCAGUCGAGAUUUUGACAGAUCAGAGGAGGUUGAGUCCAAAGAGAUACCUUUGCAACCUGCAUAUGAAAGUAAACAUCGUCCAGUUGGUGGUCCCAUCAUCCCUGCAGGGGUCUAA